AUGGGCCUGCUGACCAUCAUCCGCAAGAACAAGUUCAAGGACCGCGAGCUGCGCCUCCUCUUCCUCGGCCUCGACAACAGCGGCAAGAGCAGCAUCGUGCGCCGCAUCCUCGGCGAGGACAUUGCCGGCGUCAGCCCCACACUGGGCUUUGACAUUAGGACGGUGGUGCACCGCGGCUACACGCUCAACAUCUGGGACGUCGGCGGGCAGAAGUCGCUGCGCCCCUACUGGCGCAACUACUUUGAGCGCACCGACGCCCUCGUCUGGGUCGUCGACAGCGGCGACCGCGCGCGGCUCGACGAUGCGCGCGAGGAGCUGUGGGGCGUGCUGGGCGAGGAGCGGCUAGCCGGCGCCUCCAUCCUCAUCUUCGCCAACAAGCAGGACAUCGUCGGCGCGCUGUCGGCCGAGGAGAUCCGCCGCGCGCUGGCCCUCGACGCCAUCUCGAGCCACGCGUGGCGCAUCCAGCCGUGCUCGGCGGCCACGGGCGCGCAGCUGGGCGCGGGCGUCGACUGGGCAGUGGAGGAUGUGGGGCGGCGCAUGUACUUUGGCGGCGGCGGCGGCGUGGCGCCGCCCGAGGCGAGCAAGGAGGCAGAGAGGAGAGGCGAGACAGGCACGGCGUAA